AUGUCAGAGGAACCGAAGCCGAAACGCAUCCGAGCCGUAGCGGAAGAAACGGAUAAGGAUCAGGCGGACCACAUCUUCUAUGCGAUGGGGAAGAAUGUUUUCGUGUUCACGGUCGGAGGAGUGAAGGUGCCAAUGAUAAUCGACUCGGGUGCAGACGCCAACAUAAUCAAUCGUAAGGUUUGGGAUCAAAUGGAAGAAGCUGGUGCACGGGUAAAGGAUAUGUCGGCAGCAAGUGACCGGAACCUGGUUGCGUAUGCAACGGAGCAGCCCAUGAACAUAACUGGAACGUUUGUGGCAGAGAUCGAAGCCGGCGGGAACAAGGAUGUGGCUAAGUUCUACAUCGUGGAAAAUGGCCAGCAAUGUCUGCUCGGAGAUUACACAGCUAAACGGCUCAAGGUUUUGAAAGUAGGGUUUGAUGUGGGGGCGGUAUCGGAUCAAAAGUUGAAACCUUUUCCUAAGUUCCGAAACGUGGUCGUUGAAAUACCGAUAAAUAUGGAAGUACAACCGGUCCAGCAACCCUACAGACGUCCUCCGAUUGCUCUUGAGCAUCUGAUCGAAGAAAAAUUACGUCGUCUGCUACAACAGGACAUUAUUGAACGUGUUAAUGGUCCCUCUCCUUGGGUGUCUCCAAUGGUUCCAAUUACCAAGGACUCAGGAGAGAUUCGGCUAUGCAUCGAUAUGCGUCAGGCGAAUCGUGCAGUUUUGAGGGAAACGCAUCCGCUUCCAUUGGUGGACGAACUGCUAAGCUCGAUGAACGGGGCAGUACGGUUUUCGAAGAUUGAUAUCAAGGAUGCGUACCACCAAGUUGAAAUAUCCCAGAAGUCGAGACCCAUCACCACAUUUAUCACUAAACAUGGACUCUUCAGGUAG